UGGACGAAGAGGCGAGCGAUAAAAUCCGUCGUCUUCUUUCACGAUCGAUCGGUAUCCUUUUUGUUUACUCGAGUAGAGGCCGAAAGGGCCUGCGGUGGACACAUUUACCGCGGUCACAGGUAGACGGCAUCGGCAUGUGCGGUGGAUGAGGAAUACGAGGCGAUCGAGCGCGUAUACUGAUCCCUGCUCAACUGAUCGGCUUCGUGACACGAUGACCAUCCCGUGAUCCUUCCUCUGAUCGCGAUUCUUCUUCUUUUCGCCGCCGCCGCCUAACAAUUCCGGCAACCAGAAAGAAAAGGGAAGGGAGGGGAAAAAGUUAGGUCCUAUGUUCAAUUUGCUCACGGGACCAGUUCUUGUUCGCCUCUCUAUUUCCUCUUUGGUGGACAUAAAUAUCCACAUUGCCGCUCUCAGCAUCAGUUUCCUUGCUUGGAAUUCUGCGUAUCGGCCAAAGUUUGGAGCUUUAUCCUUCUUUGCCCUCGUACUUCACUUUCUCCUCCAUAAUUGGAACCAGUAUUACUGUGCGUCUACUUGAAUAAUUCACACUGCUUCCUUGACCUGUUUGUCCUAUAAAACCACCGCAAGGUGAAGUGACUUGUUGAGCAUGAUAUUUUAUAUCACUCAGCUGCACUUGCUCCGCUGGCACUUGUUGAGGAGGAGUGUUUAACAAAAAGGAAGGAGUUGUGUAAGUUAGACUUGCUACUUAGUUACCUCGGUUUCUUUCUUUUCCAGUUCAAUUCAAUUGUCAUGUGAUUCUUAUCUUCAUCAAUUUGAUCCGCUUUGUUCAUCAGAAGAAAAAUUAUGGGCUUGCUUUCUAUCUUUGGUUUCUUUCUUUUGAUGUCCUCGGUCUUCACCCACGGAAAGGAAUGCACCAAUAUUCCUACACAAUUAUCUUCUCACACAGUUCGUGCUCAACUUGCAACGUCUACCAAUGAAACAUGGAAAGCAGAGAUGCUCUCUUACUAUCACUUAAAUCCUACUGAUGAGUCAGCAUGGAUGGAUUUGCUACCAAGAAAGCUAUUGAACAAGGAUACCCCCAUUGAGGAGUUUAACUGGCUGAUGUUGUAUCGGAACAUGAAAGGCUUUGGCAGGUUUCAUGUGCAUCAGAAAGGAGCAAAUUUCCUUAGUGAAGUAUCUCUCCAUGACGUCCGCCUUGACCAGAAUACCAUGUUUGGACGAGCACAACAGACUAAUCUGGAGUACUUGUUGCUUCUUGAUGUUGAUCGGCUAGUUUGGAGCUUCAGGAAGCAAGCUAAUAUGUCAACUCCUGGCCAACCUUAUGGAGGAUGGGAAGCUCCAAAUGUAGAACUUAGAGGGCAUUUCGUGGGUCAUUACAUGAGUGCAUCAGCUCAGAUGUGGGCUAGUACCCAUAAUCAGACUCUUUACCAGAGAAUGUCAUUAGUUGUUGAUGCACUUUAUGAUUGCCAGAAAAAGAUAGGCACAGGAUAUCUUUCUGCUUUUCCUUCUGAAUUUUUUGACCGUUUUGAAGCUAUCAUGAGUGUUUGGGCUCCUUAUUAUACCAUUCAUAAGAUCAUGGCUGGUCUUCUAGACCAAUACAUAUUAGCUGGUAAUGUCAAAGCAUUGCAGAUGGUUGUGAGGAUGGCUGAUUACUUUGGGAACCGUGUCAAGAAUGUUAUCGUCAAGUAUAGCAUAGAAAGACAUUGGGUUUCACUUAAUGAAGAAACUGGUGGGAUGAAUGACGUCCUGUAUAGACUCUACAGUGUUACGAAAGAUCCAAAGCAUUUGGUAUUAGCCCAUCUAUUUGACAAACCGUGCUUUCUCGGUCUGCUUGCAGUGCAGGCUGACAGCAUUUCUGAUUUUCAUUCAAAUACACAUAUUCCAAUUGUAAUAGGAGCACAAAUGCGAUAUGAGAUUACAGGUGAUUCGCUUUACAAGGAUAUCAGUGCGUUCUUUAUGGAUAUUGUGAAUUCUUCCCACAGCUAUGCAACAGGAGGAACUUCGGUCAGUGAAUUCUGGUGUAACCCAAAGCGUCUUGCAGACAGGCUAGGCACAGAAAAUGAAGAAUCUUGCACUACUUAUAACAUGCUUAAGGUAUCUCGCAACUUAUUUCGAUGGACAAAGGAGAUGGCAUAUGCUGAUUAUUAUGAGAGAGCACUGACGAAUGGUGUGUUAAGCAUUCAAAGAGGAACAGAUCCAGGGGUGAUGAUUUACAUGCUUCCUCAAGGCCCUGGAAAAUCAAAGGCAAUGAGUUAUCAUGGUUGGGGCACAAAGUUUGAUUCAUUUUGGUGUUGUUAUGGAACUGGAAUUGAAUCAUUUUCAAAACUUGGAGAUUCUAUUUAUUUUGAGGGUAAAGGAACUAUACCAAGCCUUUAUAUUAUACAGUACAUAUCUAGUUCUUUUAGUUGGAGAGCUGCUGGAAUUCAACUGAGCCAGAAGACAAAACGAGUAUACUCCUUUGAUCCUUAUCUGCAGGUCUCAAUUACAACCUUGGCUAAUGAGUCAAGUCUGACUUCAACGUUGAACUUGAGGAUACCAUCUUGGACAUCCUUAUCUGGUGCAAAAGUGCUUCUAAAUGAUGAAAAUCUAAAGCUAACUCCUGAAAAAUUCCUGUCUGUCACAAGGAACUGGACUUCAAAUGACAAUUUGACCCUUGUGUUGCCUCUCAUAUUAAGGACGGAAUCCAUCAAAGAUGACCGGCCCGAGUAUGCUUCCCUGCAGGCAAUUCUUUUUGGUCCAUACCUUCUUGCAGGCCUGACAACCGGUGACUGGAACAUAAAGACCGGAAAUUCUAGCUCCAUCUCGGAUUGGAUAACUGCGAUUCCAGCUACGUAUAAUUCACAACUUGUAUCCCUUGUGCAGGAGUCCAACAGCAAGGCCUUCGUCUUCUCGAACUCCAAUGGUUCCUUGACAAUGGAGGAGUGGCCUGCUGAAGGAACCAACUCUGCCAUACAUGCAACAUUCAGAUCUCCAAAAGGCUGCAAUGUCAUACCCUGCAAGAAGACUGACCAGAGCUCGGUGAUGCUAGAACCAUUUGAUCUUCCAGGGAUGGUAGUGGUACAUCAAGGCCCUAACAAUGACCUUGCACUUUCAACAACAACUAGCCCAGAGAGUGUAUUCAAUAUCGUCCAAGCAUUGGAUGGGAAACAAGAUAGAGUGUCCUUGGAGUCCAGCAAUCAGCAAGGGUGCUUUUUAUCUCCCAGAAUCAGUAACACGGCCGGAAGCACAGUUCGGUUGGCAUGUGUGUCUGAUUCAGAGCCAGACAAGUUGUUCAGGCAGGCGGCAAGCUUCACUCCGAUCACAGGGUUGAGGGAAUACAAUCCGAUUAGCUUCAUGGCAAAGGGAGUUAGGAGGAACUUCGUGUUGGAGCCUUUGCUGAGCCUGAAAGAUGAGACGUAUAGUGUCUAUUUUGACAUUGUAACUUGAGAUUCAACCUCUGUUUUAGCUAAAUAAAGCUUAGCAGAGCCGCUCCAGCUCAUGCAAAUCUGUGUUAUUUGUGCCUUAAAAGCCACUUCCUAACAGCUUAUGUUUGGGGUCCUGAGAGGUGACUGUGGACAAUUGUUUCGCCAAAAAAUAUAAAAUAAAAAGUUUUUUUUUUGUUGAA